AAAAAGCCGGAGAAACACUUUUCCCCCUCUGACUCCAUCCUUUGUCUCUUGUCUUUCACCUAGAUUGGAGUAUUCUGGGAUAGGCACGGUCCUAUUGCUCUUGGUCAUAGAGCACCUACGCAAUGGGGCCGUGUCCAUGGCUGGGGCUGCCACGUGCUGCGGUAAGACAGAUAACGCUCCUCUGUUGGCUCUGAAAUGGGGUUUGUUGGCAGCUCGUGCACUGUCAGAGGGGACCAAUAGGGACAACACGCUGAAGAAAAUCAGUUCCUUUCCUGCCUUAGUUUCCCUUCACUCCCCUGAAAAUAGCUUAUCCCACACUAUCUGGGCUGCCUUGAUUUGUUUUGUCUGUAUCUGCAGGAUUCCGUUCACACUGGUAUGCAGGAGGGGUAGACUUUCCGAACAGCUCUGAUUAGUAGUUUUGAUCUGCUCUGGGAGUCGUCAGCUCAGCAACUUGUCUUGGUCCAUGGAGAUACUGCACCUUGCUCCUUCUUUCCUCAGCAAAUGUAAUCUGCUGGCUUUUCUCUGUGUCACGAGACAUGGUAAGGAGCCCAUGUCUCGUGUCUCUCCAGGAGUGAGAACCAGAUGUUAUGUUCUUAAUGCAAGUACUUAGCCUUGAAAUUCAAGUCAGCAGUUUACAUUCCUUAUUCGAAUUUCUGUGCUGGACGUCACUUCUGGUGAGACAACAGUAGAUUUCAGACUUUAACUUGCCUGUUGAAGGUUGGCCUCGCACACCCAUAGCUAACAGUAUCCUAGCCUUUGCUUAAUGCCGAGCCUUUUCUCUUAAAGGAAAGUUUUUCGCAUUUAUCAAAUGCAGAAAGCAGCAUUAGAUUUAUGAGAACAGCCUUCAGUAGUAUCUGUGUACUUUAUUUUUGCCUGCUUUGUAAGCAGUCAACAGGUGCCCAAACUGCAAUGUACAAGUCUGGUCAUUUGCUAGGCAUUUGAAUAUAGCUCUUGUGUAAAAUUUUGAGUUCCAUUUCAAAUGCUCCAAAAAGCCAAUUGUGAAUUUAGUUGUGUAAGAACACAUGUUUGUUUCCUGCUGGAUUGCAUCCUAGAUUAGAGUUCCAGGUAAACUAUAAAGCACUUACUUCUGCCAAACUGGAUGAGAAUUGUGAUUAGUUUCAUCCUUUUCAAAAUCAGUACUGCGUUGACAGCAUUCUUGAGUUUUGUUGUGUGCGUUAUUUUCCCAGAAUAUUGCAUUCAUUAGUCUCUCUUUGCAUUGCAGAUGUAGAUUCAGCUAUUCAAAGCAAGAUAAUUGCUUUUCAUUAAAGUGUGCGAAGGAGUGAAGGCCCCAUGUUGUGUUAGUGCCUGUCUGCCAUGCUGGCCUGUCUGCCAGGACCAGGUGACCUCUCCUUUCAGCUUCUUUCUUACCCGCAGAUGAACACUGGACUUCAGAAAUGGGACACUACACAGAAGAUGAGCUCUGCACAGUAUCCUACCCCAGCAGAAUUGGAUGCUUAUGCUAAGAAGGUUGCCAACAAUCCACUGACUAUAAAAAUUUUUCCAAACAGCGUCAAAGUUCCCCAGAGGAAACACGUACGCCGUACUGUGAAUGGACUUGAUACUUCAGGCCAGAGGUAUAGUCCGUACCCCUCCCCCCCCCCCCCCGCCACAAAGACAGGCCUGCUUGCGAUAGUCAAAUCCCCAGCGAAAGGCAUCGUUAAAGACUUUGACGGCACGCGCGUCCGUCUGCUGCCAGAAGCAAUGAUGAAUCCCCCUUCCACACCGUACGUUGCACCUAGCACUUUAAACCACGCCCCAUCGCUUGCUCGCCAGCAGGCACUUCAGCAUGCACAGACUCUGCCACACCCCCAGAGUAUCCCACAACCACAGACUUUGCAGCACCAAAGCUUAACACACCCUCAGGGGAUCCCGCAGCCACAGCCGCUGCCGCACCCUCAGAACAUGCAGCAGCCCCAGAGCCUGCAGCAUCCUCAGACCAUGGCACAUCAGACUCUGCAGCACCCCGCAAAUGCUCUGCUGCAGCCAGGUUUACAUGGCAGCAGAAAGAUGCCCGAUGCAGAUGCGCCGCCGAAUGUGACCGUGUCUACCUCAACCAUUCCCCUCUCGAUGGCUGCCACGCUGCAGCAGAACCAGCCACCAGACCUGAGCAGCAUUGUGCACCAGAUUAACCAGUUCUGCCAGGCCAGAGCUGGCAUUAGCACUACCUCAGUAUGUGAGGGACAGAUUGCAAACCCGAGCCCAAUCAGUCGCAACCUGCUUAUCAAUGCAAGUACCAGGGUGUCUACUCACAACGUUCCCACUCCCAUGCCUUCCUGUGUAGUAAACCCGGUCGAUCACGCUGCUGCUAUCCCUCCUCCUGCCUCUCUCAGCGUGCCCAUGGUGAACAUCAGCAGGGUGCCAGCUGCCUACCAGAGCGACAUGAAAUCCGUGGCAUGGAACCAGCAUCAGCUUGCGCAUCUUCAGCAAAUGUGUGGGGAUGCUGCCGGGCCCGCUGGCCUUGCGGGGAAGCACCCUCCGAGAGAGAUGGCAGGCCAGGGCUUCCCGGGUAAAACGUCCAGCUACCCUCAAGAACUGUGCAUGGGCCAGUCUUACAACGUCAAGCCCCCUCUUGAGAAGCCCACCCCUUCCCCGCCUGUGAAUGGCUUUCAGGGACCUUUGCCAUAUACGAAUGGGCACUACUUCCAGCCCCUCUGGAAUAGCAUUCUGCCCACACCGAACAGUGACAGCUCUGGCUCCCAGGACCUUGCCAUGUCUUUUCACGGAGGACAGCCAGCAGGGGCGCCGCUGGAUUGCGCGGCAGGAGCUCACUAUCGAGCUGCGGCUGGUUCGUCCAGCCAGAAUAGCGUGAUGCAGACCAUGGAUUACCUAAGUGGGGACUUCCAGCAGGCUUGCUUCAGAGAUCAGAGCAUGGCCGUGCUGGGAAAAGUCCAUCGGCCUCCCAUGAACCGAGCGCCUGAACCAACCGAUAGUCGAAAUCUUCAUAUUCAGCACCCAGGGUAUAGAUAGGCUGCAGUCACUUUCACAGAUAAAAUUAGAGGUUUAGUCUUAAUUUUAACUAAUCAGCAAAGUAUUUUUAAUUUGCAAACUUGCGUGAUCAUUAUAAUAACCAUUGAAACAAGAUGUAAUGUGUAUUUAAAAGCUUUACAUCCACAUUCACGCCUGCUAGCAUCAAAAACGUAACCCGCCUUUUGUUUCAAAGAACUUGAUUAUACUACAGGUUGAACCUCCCUAGUCUGGCACACUUGGGACCUGAGCGGUGCCAAACCAGAGAAUUUGCCAGACUCUGGGAGGUCACUAUUAUCUAGCAGCAUCACCAGCACUUCCACUGCUUCCUGGGUUCUCAGAAGACAUCUAGGGGUAAAUUCGAGCUAAAGAACAGCACAGAACUCAGAGCCAGGACUGGUGGCUGAAAAACUUUAUGGGACUGUGAGAAACUCAGCCCCAUCCACGAGCUAGGUAGCAUAGAUGCCUAAGUCUCCAUCUGCAUUUCCUCUGAAGAUUAAGAGCAACAGAAUUUGUCCGGAGUGGGGUGCAUUUUCAACUCUAAAGUCUGUUUCAUGAAAUGUGUUAGAUAUUGACCAUUUGCACUGCCGAGGGGCUUAUUUCGUUGAAAGGAACCCUGUGUUUGAAAGGAUUUAGUUAGGGUUCUAUAUUUAGACAUUUGUGUAGGAAGAAGCUCUUUGCUAGAGCCUGCAGAGAGUUCUGCAUUUCUCUCAUGGCAUGUCGGUCUGUGUCCAGAGCCAAAAGUCCCUCCAGUCUUCUGGAUGCUUGGUUGAGGACAGGGUAUGGGAGUAGGGCACAUGGCUGCCUGCUUCCCUCUUGCUUUGUUUCCACGUCACGGUCUGAACCCCUUGCUGCUAGGAAUCUGGAUUUCCUGAUGCAAAGUGCUGCAUUGAGGCUUUAUUCCAGGAAUCUAGACCCACUGACGACCCCAAAAAGGUUCCGUUACUGCUCCAGUAGAUAUUUAGCGUAGUUAGAAGUCUGUCUCCCCUGCAGAGGUCAGGGCACGCAGUGACUGGCAUGGCAUUCACGGUCCGACAGCAAUGAAAUGAAGCUCUAGCCAUGAGACACGGUGGGACUUGCAGCCCAUGUAUGUUAAAGCACCACCAUAGACAGAACUGAACAGUUCUUAUCUGUGCCUAACUACUACUCUGUCCUCCCCGUGUCACUUAAAGCAGCUCAGUGAAUUGGUGGCCACUAGAACACUAACUGUUGGAGAACCUCUGGGUCUCAUCAUCUUCAGCAUGUUGAAACAUCCCUUCUUUUAAAGCUACAGUUCUUGUAAGGUUGUUUCCCAUCUCUGUAAAUGAGACUAAUACUUGAACAUAAUGAUCACAGUCAAGUUUGGAAGUUAAAAGUAAAUGCAUUGAUUCUUUCUAUGUACACUGGCUAAAAUAUUGCUCUACACUGUAACUUUUAAAUGUAAUAUUUCUGUAUGAAUGUCGCCUGGUAGCGUGGGUUUGAGUAGCAUUGUGUAUGAGUGAACCCACUGGCCUCUACCAUUCACUGGCCUCCCUCACAGCCCUUUAAAAAACAAAGCCUUAAGUAUUUGCUCCUUGAAACUUUCCUUAAUGAGCAUGACUUAAAAUCUUAAGACAUCAUACAAAGUAAAAAAAAAAAAAAAACCACAACAAACUUACAAGUUUUGAAGUGAUGUCCUAGUUGGCUAGAGAUUCUUAAAGUUUUUGGUAAAUGGGAAAAUUAGAAAACAUUUAUUUGUAUUUUUUAAUUUAGACGUGUAGUUCUGGGCUGUAACAAAUACUUAGGUUUCCAAGCUUAGCGCAGAGUACGUUUUCUGAUUCCUUGCAUAAGAUAGUACACUUACACCAUGUCAUUAUUUAAAUUCUUUUCAGUGUACUAUAAACCGUUCUUUAGUCAGACUGCUUAACUUUGCUAAAGAGUUAUCACUAAAGACGGAUUAAAUUAUGUGUUGGCUUGUGUUGCCUUAUAUUUAAAAGGAAAAAUUGCCUGAUUGUGUUAUGCCAAAUGAUAGCAACAUGAAGUCCUAAUUUAUUGUUUAUAAUCGUAUUCCUGCAGUCUUUGUGAAAACUGGUAAAUAUACAUCUAUGAAAGAACUAAAACCCUAAGGCUUUUCAUGCAAUAUUUUUCUGAAUACAUUAUCUUGGAAGCUAAGGAUUGAGUCUGAAGCUGCUUCCCUUCAGUUCUCCCUGUUGUUUUCCCCCUUCUCCAAAUUGAUCUAGGGUUGUGCUAGGACUUUAACAUUUCCCCCUAGUUUAGUUAUUGGAAGGAGUUCUGCUACCUGAAAUACCUACUUUUUAUUUGGUUCAUUAGUCUGCUGCAAAUACAGCCCCUAGACACUGAUUUUUCCUUCUGCCCUCCCUCCCCAAAACAAAACUAGUGAACCCCGUGCUUUGGCUCUUGGCGAAAAGUGAUUUAAAUGUCUGAAGUUAUGCUAAUGUUACAGUAAGCCAUGGAAGACAGUCUGUCUUGUCAUGAAUUGUUCUGCACUCAUUACUGCAAAUAGAAUCCUCACCUUUGAGACUUUGGUCUGGUGCAGAAGGACUGAGAAGCAAAAAUAUUCAAGACCCGUCCAGGUAGGACAUUCCAUUAGCCUGUUCACAAAAAUUGCUAUUAAAAUCUCCGAUAUUUCA